AUGGGCAGUGUGGGUGGUCUAAACGGGAAGGAGAAGAGUUGUAAUCUCAACACGGGCGAAGAGCGGAAGAUCGUCGACCCCGAUUCGGGGUUGUUGAGCUGUACGGUUGAGAUGCUGCCUCUCGGCGGUAUCGACGGCGAACCGUUCGAUCUGCCUCCUUCUACCGUCGUGACCGACCGUUUCAACAAGCUCGCUAUCGCCGAUGUCAUCGAGUCAUACCGUCCAUUCUUGUCCAUCAGCGAGAUCGACCUCUUUUCGUUCGCGCCCCUGAGCUCGAGGGAUGAAAAGGCGAAAGUGGUGGUUAGAAAUCUGGUGGAUGAUUAUGUUACGCUGGGUCUCUGCCUCGAAGUGUCUUUCCCAGAUAGGUUGGUGGCGCAAGAGUUGAAGAAAAAGUGUGAGGCGGCGUUGGAAGAGUGUUUGCAGAGGGUGCAGGGGUGGAAGAUGAAGAAGGGGGCGGUGGAUAUGGCUGGAAGGGCGUGGGAGAAGAAGGCCGAGGCAGAUUGGCUAGGGGAGGGGAAAGGGGUGGAGUGGGUCAGCAGGGCGGAAGACCAAAAAACAAAGAAGGCGAGGAUAUGGAAGGAUGUGGCGCUUUUGGAGGAAGGGAAGGGGGUCAACAAGAGGUUGGAUUCUGGAAAGUAG